UAGUGCGGUAUUUAACAACCACCAAGUGAUACGCGCGACCACUUUCAUACCGGCCACUCGGCCGAACGCAUUUGCGCUAAGCGAUCAAUUUUUAAAAAGAUUUCCUUCGGUCGUGGUGUGGACAGUCGGCGUCGGCAAGACCGGAUGUGAGGACAUAGCCCAAGAUGCGGUGACUGUGUGCGGAUCCGUGCUUCGUACAGUGACUGCGCUUGGACAAUUAGUGCUAGUUGAUGGUGUGUGAUAAGACUUUUUGUUGGACCUCCUUGUGCCACUAUGCUCGUGUUUAAGAUAGCUCCAGUUUUCCUACUGGUCCUCACCGUGGGAGCCGAGAAGAAGAUCGAACUGCAAGACAUCGAGGAGGACAACCUUAAAAGCGAAAAGGAGAAGGAUUCAGACAAAUCAGAACCGCGAUCGGAAGCAGCACAGCCUGGACUCCCAUUGGAGUUCUUAAAGAAUGGACUCCUGCGGUAUUUCGAGGCUCCGACACAUCAGGAGCAACCUCAGCAGCCACGUUACGUGCAGCAGUAUGCCGUGACAGAAGCCCCCGAGCGACCGCCUACAGCGGCACCCAAAGCACAGUAUGGACCCCCCACCGCCCAGCAAGCAAUGGUUGGGUACUUGUCCAAUGUGCCUAUGCAGAUAUAUCUAGUCCCACAGUAUUACAGCGAUCAAUCUGAGCAAAAUGUAAACGCUCAAAAUGGCGUCCAGUACCACACGGCGCCUGCCGUGACUCGAGUGGCCUACCCGACAGCACCUGAAGCAGUACAAACACAAACGAACUACAUCGAAGUUCCGACAUACGUCACUCCGACGGGAAAAACUUAUCAGUAUCAGCAAUACUCAUCGCCAGUAACUUACGUCAGUUACACUCCGCAGCCGACGGUCGCGACUGCGCAAGCAACCGUUGCGCCAGUGUUAGCAUAUCAGAUGCCGGUAGUUCAAUAUCCUACGGCAAUAGUGGCGCCACCUGUUGCUAAAGGCUACUACCAGCCCGCGCAGUUUUCUGACACAAACGCCGUGGAUGAUACUCAGGAGAACGAAGAAGAACCGCAGAAGCAGUAUCCUGCUCAAACGGAGUCGCCUCACACAAAAUCUCCAGACUAUCCACGGUAUUACUCAGCUCGACAGCCUUUCCGAGAUGAGUACAGACACAAUGCAGUGCCUGAACUACCACCUCCAAAUCCUUUGUUGCUGAAGGGUCAUCCGCCUCAUCUUUCACACAUUCCGAAAGCAUUACCGAUGUAUCGGCCUCUUCACAAACCUGUAUAUAACGGUGGUGGUUUCAUCUCAAACGGUUACUCGCCGAGACCACCCGAAGCUUAUAACUUGCCGUUCAAGCGCCGCCCAACUUCUUUAUUGGAUUCGUACAUACCUUCGAGUCUCCAAAUUGAGUACCUGAAAAGAGGGUACAGCAAGGACCCCUUGCAGGUGUAUGAGGCGUUGGCGACUGGCCGUCACUACAACCACGCACCCGUGACUCCUAGGCAUUACGAGAGAGGGUUCCUCCCGAACCAGAUGUACCAUACUGCGGCUGGUGGAGUUACGUAUGGCCAUUACAAAAGGGCAACGAAGGCUGACAAGGCAAAUUGAAACAAAACGAACGAGCCGAACUGAUUUUAGAGGCUACUUUAGUAUGUGGUCGUAAUAGUUUCGUGACUGCACUUUUGUUCUUGUUAUUUGGACUAAAUAUCUCAUCGAAUUAGUGAUUACGAUCUUAUCGUUUAACUGUA